GUCGCCGUUGCUUUCUGAGGCGGGUCGAGGCGCGGCGCAUGGGCCUCCGCCGCCGGCCGCACCAUGAUGCCCGGGGAGACCCCGCCGGCGGCCGCGGCAGCGGGGAUCGCGGCGGAGGCGGCCACGGCCUGCGCCAACUGCGGAGCCCUGCAGCAGAAUUUAAAUGAAUAUUUAGCUGCCUUAAUUGCCUUAAAGCAAAAGAUAAUUGAUACAGACCAUUUGUUGACAGAUUAUGAACAGAAGUGCAAUGAGCUGAAGUCUGCUGAAAGAGAAAACAAUGCCCUUCGUCAGCAAGUGGAACAGAUGCUCCAGAAAUUGUCACCUUUAGAAAAGUGUAAAGAAGAGCUGGGGUCCAUCAAAGCAGAGCUGGAGGAGAAGAAGAGUUCACUCAAAAUAUAUCAAGAAAGUCAUCUGGAAUAUGUUCAUGUGAAAGAGGAAAUGGGCAAAAGUGAUGCUAUGAAGAAGAAGCUGGAAGCCAAAGUGAAGAAGCUUGAAAAAGCUACAGAAAAACACAACCAGGACUUCAGACAGCUAAAAGCAGAGAAGAAAGUACUUGAGAAGGAAUUGAAGAAGGCGCAGGAAAAGAUUGACUGCUUCCCUAACAAAAAGCAGAAGAAAGUGGUGAAGCAUGCAGAAACCCAGAGUGAGAGAGAGUGGCCUGUAACAAACUUAGACAAAGAAAAAAUUAAACUGCUGUUGGAGGAACUUUGGCUGUGUAUUGACAGUUCUACAGGGAAAAAUCACAUCAACAAAAAUGACUACUUCUUAGGUGGUUUUCACAAUAAUUCAAGACCUCAUGGAAAAACAAAAGCAGUGCAGAACCCUCCACAGUUCAAGAGAGCUCGAGAAGAGAGGCCUUCUCAUGGUUCUUCACCCGAAACCCGUACAACACAAACUUCUUUGACGUCCUUGCAGAUAAAAUUGGACAGCAGGCCUGCCAGGCAUGGUGGCCCGAUGGAAAACAAGGCCAUGGAAACUGCUGAGGCCUGUGCCAGCGAUAGUGCUGCUGCUGCUGCUGCUGCUUAUGAAGGCAGCUCUCCAGACUUCGCAAUACGGACAGAUCCAUCAGCAAGGAGCCCGGAUCUUUUCAGCAAGGAGCCAGAAGAACCUGGUGAAAAUCUGAGAGAGAUUUUGAAGUGGGUUAGACCUCUCCCCCCUCUGCUGUCGCCCAUACAGUUUUCACCUGGCACUACUCCAGAUAUAUUGAUUGGAGAACUAACAGAUUCCAGUGAUGAAGAAAUGGACCAGGAUGCCCAAAUGCUUGAAAGCAUUUUUAAAAAUUAUGAUCCGAGUGCACCAGAGCCUGACAUUGUGUCCGAAACGAAUCCAGCAGAACUGCAGAACAAAUACAACUCUUCCAGUGUAAAUAACGAGAGCAGUGAUCCUUGUGAGUCACCUGGAAGACCAACAGCUGUAAAGCACAACAAGUCAGUGCUAUGUUUGGACCGUCUGGUGGCAGCCUCAGGUUCCCUUAGUAAGAUAGGUGCCAAAUCAAAGGAUGGAGAGAAGCAGCUAGAGGAAAACUCUAUGGAAAGGGACACAGAAAUAGCAGUUCACGGUAUAGAAAACAUCACCAAAAGCACAGCUGAUGUGACCGAAAAAGAAAACAAAACUUUGGUGCAUGACUUAAUGUCUGGUAGUUGCCUUCAGGCACAUGAGAAAACAGCUGAACCAAAGCAUGUGCAGGAAGUGGUAACAAGUAGCUUUGAACAAGCGCGAAAUGAGCCUAGCGAUUUAAUGAAAGAGGAGAGGGAGGAGGCCACAGGAGCGGUAGAAGCAUCCGUGUCUUCUCUCAUAGAAGAUGAUCGGCCGUCAGCUUGCAAAGGUGGCAGUUCUUCACAGCAAGCUGAAGAGCCUGUUUUAGCUACUAAAAAUACGCUGGUAGUUCCUGACGAAGAUGGCCCCAGCAACAUGAUCAAAGCAGCGGAGAUGAAAGAGGGCUCUGUGGACAUCCAGACAGAACCUGAUUCAGGAAGAGCAAGAUCUCUUACUGAACACACAGCACCCGAACAAAAUAGAACAGAAGAAUUCUGUACACAACAUCACGGUGAGCCAGAGUUCACGGACAGAAAAAUGAAUCUUGACCAUUUUAAAUUUCAUUCUGCAACGGAUCAUCACAUCGAUCAGGCGCAGCACCAGUGCAUUGAGGUUGCACUCAUGCAGGGCGUUGAAAAAGAUAACCGUGUCGCCGAUGCAUCCCUCAAAUUGUACCAGGCAGAAGAAAAUUACAGCAGCAAAGACAGCGAGUGUGAUGUCUACAAACAGACUGAAUUGGCAGAUGUUGAUGCUUUGAGACCAAAAUUUAAUAUUAUACAGGCAGUUGGUGAAUGGGAGAAUUCAUUGUCUUGUACCAAUGAAGUGAUCCAGACUGGGAAUGAAUGCAGCACUGCUCCUUCCACUGCUAAAAAUGAAGAGGGUGAUAAACCAAAAAUUGAAAGUGAAAAAAUUGUAAGCAAAAAUAAAACAGCUGGAAGCAUUAUAAAGGAAACCCUGUCAGCGGCCAUGACAGAAAAUUGCCUCCAAGUGGAAGACCACCACAACAAAAAAGAUUCCAUUCGAUCGUUGCAAGGGGAGCCGAGUGACAGGAAUGUUCCUAAGUUACCAGCCCAAGUGUCUGUUGUCACAGAUUGUUUGUCACAACCUGAGGGACCUGUUGGAACUAACCAGGCAGCCCACGAAUUGGAGACCAUCACUGGAAACGCUUCAGACCUGGAGAAGUUUAACGAUUCAGAUGAGAAAUUGGAACGUAAGCUCAUAAUACAUAACAUUUCAAAUAGUAUUCAGUCUCCUGAGGUUAUGACGGAAGAGGAAUGUCUUGAAGAGGAUAGCAGUGAAUCUUUGAAAAUCACCACAGCGGGAACCGUGCAGUUGGCUACAUCAAGGGAAGGUGAAAAGGGAACCGCUUCAGGGAUUGUGCCUGAGAGACCUGCACAGUCUUGUUUGGGAACUGGAAAUUCACAGUGUGAUGGAAUAGGCGAUGUACUGUCUCAAGAGAUAACAUGCCAGAAUGACAAGAGCCCCUCACCCGAGACAAGGGAAAGUGCAGUGCAGGACGUGGAGCGCUCUGUAACACACGAGUCUGUAUUGGAAGAGAACCCUAAUGGAGGUUCAGCUCAGUCUAUGCAAGAUGCGUCAGAGGCAGAAAAUAGAGAUCCCAGGGCAGUCAUCCCUGUCGCACUGACAAUUGGUUCCAAGUCCACAAACCUUCCUGCUUCCAGCCUGGAGGUCAAAUUUGAGGUUUCAGGCAGAAAUGGCCAAGGCACUGGUGAGACUGCCUGCGUGCAGUCUUCUGACUCGCCAUGUAUUGCCCCUUCAACCCGAGCCAAUCACAAUGACCAUCAUAAGUCUGAAGGUUCAGAAGAAAGCCGACACAAGCUCCUGGAUGAUUGCAGUUGUAAUGAUCCAGAAGAAGUAGAGAGCAAAAGAGCUGGAGAACAAUCAACCAGCAGUGAAACCCAGGCAACAGUUGAUGUUAGAGUAUGUUGUGAAGCAAAAGAUAGCAGAGAGAUUUUUGAAGCACCCAGUGGCAACGAUGCUAGCACAGUGCAUACUUCUGCAGCAAUCCAAACCAUUUUAAGCGAUGACAGGGGAAUGCUUACUACUUGCAAGGAGAGAAUAGAGAACCCUUCAAGAAACUGUAUGGUAGAACAUCCUCUUAAUGCAACAGUGUCUAAAGAAAUGGAUGAACUAUUGAACAGUGAGGCAAGGUCCGAAGAGGCGGAUGAGAUUAAGACCCCAGAUGCUGCCGUUGGUGUGAUGGAUUUGUCCGCCUCCAGUUCGUCAGAAGAAGAAUAUCCACUCAGAAAGGUGAAUCCCAUGAAGCAGGAUUCAAGGCAUCUAGCGCCGCUAGAUACCAUCCAGAACAGCCAGACACGUGGACCACCCAACGCAAUUGCGUCUUGUGGCAUUCGUGGGCUUCCGUGUCUUGCAGAAGAUGCAUCUCCAAAAGAUGACCAGGCCACAGUACACAUUGAUGACACUGAUGCUGUUGAAGUUGCCACUGCAAAGACAUUGGAGCAGUCCGGUGCAGCACCAUGUAGCAGUGAAAACAGCUUCUCGGCAUUGGAAGCCUCUAACUCAGAUGAGAAGCAAGCAGACAAGAACAUUGCACUGAUGAACAGGGCACUGGUGGAUAACAAGGAACCUGCCUCCAGGAAAUUGCCUGCCACUGAUCUAGAGCUUACUGGUGAUGUACUUUCAUCUGAGGCAGAGCGCAGCGGUACUGAUGUUGAGACCUCAGGAGCACACUCCACCUUUCCUAAAGAGAAAUGGGGUGCCAGGCAAGAGAGGGACUUUACUGCCUUGGGGUGGAGCUCCAACGUGGCACAAAACCAUCUCAUAUCCCACCCUGUUGAUGGCAGCACUACUGCAUCCUAUACAGAAGAAAACCAUGUAAAAAACAAUGGGGAAGUUCUUGCCGCUUUGACCAGUGAGAACUCCAUAUUGCCCAACUCAAAAUGUUCCAGCACUGAACAGCAGGAAGUUGUUUCUCAAAAAUCAGAGUUGUUUGUUGAGUCUUGCACGGGGAAGGGAGCUGAGCAGGUACUUAAACCAUCAGAAUUUGCAGUUGUCUCAGCAAAGACAGGAGCUGAGGGUGGCUGUGGUAAGCUUCUCCCAAGAAUACCAAGCCGCAAGGGGAAAAGGAAAAGUCGGCAGGACUCACUAACUGAGACAAUUGUAGCAAAUGCAGAUACUUCCACAUCAGCAAAACACUUUCCUAAAACCCUAAGAAAAAUUAGGCAAGAGAUGGGACCCCCGUUACCUCCCUUACUCCCACCUUUGAUAGCUACACCUCCGAGAACUAUGCAGCCUGUUUCCCCAGUAAUGUCUUCCUCUAGCCAAUCGUCUUUGCCAUCCCCACUCAGUGAACUGAUUUCUCCUUUACGUGAAACUCCACUUCCUCCUCUGAUGUCUCCGCUGUCAGAUACACCAAAACACAAACUUCCUGCUAAGCUUACCGCUUCAUCUCCAUUUGAAACAUUGAUUGGCGAGAGAACUCUGUCUUCCCCUCUUCAGUUUUGUGCCAUUACGCCCAAGCACGCCCUUCCUGUCCCGGGCAGACUUCCUCCAUCUGCAGCUGGCAGUGCUGCUCCCACUGUGCCUCAGGAAAACUCAGUGAAAAUUUUGGACAGUAUGUAUCCUGAGCUAUCUGCCCGAGCAAUAACACUCAACAUCCUGAAAGGUAAUAUUCAGCUCAGUAGAUCCUCUUCUCUAGAUGGCAAAAAUGUCCAGCCCUCUGUCCAUCAAAUAAGCGGUUUGAAGGAAAUUGCUUCUGCCUCCACUGCUUUUGUUAAAACAGGGUCCACUUCGUUUUCAGAGCUGCCAUCUUCCAAUGUGAGCAAGACUGGGAAAAGGAUGUUGGCAUCUCCAGCUAUGCCAAAAAGUGCCAAAAGGCUACGGCUAGAUAGCGAAUUGUUGAAAUCGGAUCUUGGGAAGGAAGAACUUUCAGCUAAAGGGGUGGAUAGAGGCACCCAGAAACUUGUUGAUGAAACUGCCUUAGGCAGCGGGGAUACUGUUCUGUCAGUGGCUGAUUCCAGAUUGCUUUUGCCAGCGGAAGAAAUUGAUCCUGACAGCAGGACUGUGACUGUAGCACUGGAGAAAAUUUCCGAGUCCUGUUUCGACCUAUUCCCUGUUAUACGUAGUCGCGUCCAUGUAGGCAAUACGUCAACUGUCCCAAUAAUGAGAGAUGAAGAGAAAGAAGUUGUCUACGAGUUUGGCGUCGCAAAGAAGUGCUUAGCUGAGCCAGCAUUGCAGGCUAUUCUGAAUAAGCUGAAGCAUCAGAAGACGUCAUUGGAGCCCUGUCACGUUCACGCUCUGUGCAGGGUGUAUGUUGGGAUAUGCCGGCAGCUGGGAGACGUGGAAAAAGCACGCCUGUUUUGCUUCAGUCUGCUCAAAGAAGACUUUCCCCAGCCUGGCAAGUUAAUUUUGUAUAUGGGAAACAUGUGGAAUGAGAUAUUCACUUCUGAAGGUGUGAUCAACAAAGCUGUCCAGUUAGUAGCCAGGAAGCGUUCAAAAGGACAAGUUCUGAAAUACCUGAAAACUUUUCUGAAUUGGGAAGAGAGUGGGCCAGCGGAUAUCAGCAUGAUGAUCUCCAGCUUGCUCUUGGCCAUCCAGUUGUGUCCUCAAAUGCAAUUCCAGGCCAGCACACAGCAUGGAGAAGACCUGAAAGAGAGUAUGUGGGAAUACGUGUUUGCUAUUGACCUGCUGUGCUCCCAUCAAAAGUGGGCUUGGACCCAUGACCACAUCAUAAGUAAGGAACUCUGGCCUAUCAUGGAUAAGUGGAUAAAUAACCGGAAGGGCAGUGGGAACACUUCCUCCCCUUCUGAUGUAAUUGUAGCAACGGUGCUGAGGCUGAUUGGACGUCUCAGUCAAAUCGGACUGAAAGAAGGAUUUUCUUCUGCUGUAAAAAAUAUCAGUUCUGUUAUUGGAGCUUUUUUGCAACAUGCCAAAGAGAAAGAUGUGCCCUGGGCUGUCCAGUUGGCAGCAGUGUAUGCGCUCUGUGAAUUGGCCCCUAGCAGUCCAUCUGAAGUAUUAGAAGCCAUUAAAGCUUGGGAAGCAGUGAAUGCAAACAGCCUUCCCCCAGCUGUCACCAGUGGCAUAGCCGAAGUUAGUAGCCUACUAAAGCAAUAGGCUGAUGGUCAACAUCAGGUUCCUUGCGUCUUUAGAUCCGUAGAGGACAGCUUCCACAGAGGACAGCUUGUCGGGGGGGGAAACUUGCUUGCAACUACAGUAGUACAGGAGCAAAGCCCUCUGCCAUUCUUCUUGGAGGAUGGCCGAAAACAGAGAUGUCUCUAAGUCAGUUAAGGCUCUGGCACAUUGUGUCAAAACAGGGAUUGAGCAUUGCUCUGUCUUCUAGUAAGAGAAAAGAGGUGCAUGGUCUUUUAAUCCUGUAUAUGUCAGGGGAAAGGUGCUUAGCUAUGCAAAUAACUGUCUUGUAAAUGGUCUUCCAGGGUAUAUGGGUUGAAUCCAGUGCAAGGAUAAUUCCCCCCCCCCGCCCCCGCAACCAUUUCCAACCCAGGGAUUGUUUAUUCCCCAGAGCUGCGGGACGUGCAUGGAGUAAUAGCCACUCAGAGUAGUAAGCUGCAGGAAUUCCGUCUCUUCCAUCAAGAGGAAAAAGAGCAGGAAGGGCAGUUUUCCCCCUCUCCCCUCCCUGCUGCAGUCUCCCAACCCAUGUGGCUGUGAGAGGGAAGCAGCCGCUAAGGGAGGAAGGGGAAGUAGCGAAGAUCCACAACCAUCCAUGUCUUCUACUGAGAGAUUGCUGGGCCCAGUCCUAUGGAUUUCAGGCUUCUGUGACAACUUGUUUUUACUAUAACUAUGCAAAAUGGAACUUAGGCUGAGCAUGCUGCUGAAACAGAACUUUAUGCUUUUAAACACAUCCACCUUGCCUGCUUGCUCGUCGUCUGUUUUGAAAUAGGUGGUAAUUUAUUCAGAGCUGAAGGUGGGUUGAAAGAAGGGCUGCUUCUCUUGGCCUAUGCACUCGUCCUGCUUUUGUCAGUGGGGGAUAGGUUGUUAUAAUUCUUUUUUUGAUCAAACUCUUGCUUGAUGAGAAAUAACGGUAGGGCGGAAAAUGUUUGCACCCCAAGGGAAGCGAUGCCUCUCUCAAACUCCUUUCAGCAUCCUUAAACUACCAUCUGUCGAGAGCUUGAAAUUGUUAACGUGUUGCUCUAUAAUCUCAAAAAGAAUAUAGGCUGACUUGACCAAAUCUUGUCCCCCUCAUUCAGUCCAUCAGUCCCUUUGAUUGUUUAAUGCAGGCAUGACUUGAUUUCUGUCACUUGGCAUGUACAGUAUAUGAAAGAUUCAGAGAUGCCUUCUCUGUGAGAAUGUAUAUUAUAUAUGGUGUAUUGUUAUAAUGUGUUUCACAUUUCACGUUGUUCCACUUUGGGAAUUUUACUUGUAUAUAGAAAGUGAUGUAAAAAAAAUAGGCACCUUGCAUUUGUUUAAACUUCAAAUGUAGCAUUACUUGAAUUUAGACUUUUUUAUGUCUUGUAAAUACUUUUUCAAAAUAAAAUGGGUUUGUGC